AUGGACCUGAAAGGUCUUCAUCUUCUGUCUCUUCUUCUGCUGUCACAAGGAAUUCAACUCGUUCAAGCAAGUUGUGCCAGUAACGAGUUUCAAUGCACCAAUGGCCAAUGCAUCAAUAUAGAAUGGAGAUGUGAUGGAACGAAAGACUGCACAGAUGACUCUGAUGAGCUGAACUGCCCACCUCCAUCAUGCAGCUCGCAGGAAUUCAGGUGUGUGACAAGUGGUGAAUGCAUCUCACUGGGAUUUGUCUGUGACGGGGAAGAAGACUGCGUCGAUGGAUCUGAUGAGCAAAGGACCUGUGGUGGACGCACCUGUAAUCCAGACCAAUUCACCUGCCAGGAGGGUCAGUGCAUCCCCAGCAAAUACAGAUGUGACCAUGUGACAGACUGUGUGGACAACUCUGAUGAGAGGAACUGCGAUUAUCCACAAUGCACCCAGAAGACAUGUGCUAAUGGAGCCUGUUACAAUAACUCACAGCACUGCAAUGGACUACAGGACUGCAGAGACGGAUCAGAUGAGACCAACUGCACCACUGAACACUGUCCACUCCACCAGUUUGAGUGUGCAAACGGCUUUUGUAUCCCAAUACCGUUUGUGUGUGACCACUGGAAUGACUGUGGGGAUGACAGCGAUGAGCAAGGCUGUGAAUACCAAAGCUGCAGUGGAAACCAGUUCACUUGUUCCAGUGGCCGCUGCAUUCCUCAGAACUGGGUGUGCGACAAGUUCAACGACUGUGGAGAUUUCAGUGAUGAGAGGGGAUGUGAUAGUGACUCACGAGACUGUUACCCUGGUGAGUGGGGUUGCCCAGGAUCAACAGCAUGCAUACCAUUCAAUCAAGUGUGUGAUGGUCAACCAGACUGUCCUGGAGGAACAGAUGAGACCAACACUACAGCGGAGCAAACGUGUGGGCUAGACCGAUGCUCUGCACUGAGCUGCGAGUAUCUCUGCCACCCUUCUCCUCAGGGUGGUGCAUGUUACUGUCCUGAAGGAUUUAUAGUAGCAAAUGACAGCCGUUCCUGUGAAGAUUAUAAUGAUUGUGAGAUCUGGGGGAUCUGUGACCAGCUCUGCGAGGACCGUCCUGGGACACACCACUGUAGCUGUGCAGAUGGAUACUUCUUGGAACAGGGUCACCUCUGUAAAGCCAAUGUCUCAGCUGGGCUGCCACAGCUCAUUUUUACCAACGGGGGUGAUGUGAUGAUGGCUGAUGUUCAUGGACGCUUUGCCAGAACUCUGGUGCCAGCACAGGGCAGAGGUUAUGCUGUUGGGGUGGCCUACAACUAUCGAAGUAAUUUAGUCUUCUGGAGUGAUACAACAACCAAAAAGGUUUAUUCAGCUAGCUAUGACGGGGGAAACAUCAAGGAAAUUCUAACCACUGCAGUCCCAAAUGUCCAAAAUCUUGCAGUGGACUGGAUCAACUUAAAACUUUAUGUCUUGGAUGGCACUCUGGAGAGAAUUGAUGCAUGUGACUUUGAUGGAGACAACCGAGUCACGUUGGUGGCUGAAAACCUGGAGACUCCUCAUGGACUCGCCCUGGAUCCAACAAUGGGCUACAUGUUUUUCACAGACAAAGGUCUCAGCCAGGAGAAAACCAAGCUCGAGCGUGCCUUCAUGGAUGGCAGUAAUCGCUUCGAGCUCGUCAAAAAAGGGCUUGGCACACCCACUGCCCUCACUCUUGACAUUAUAACAAAGAGGGUCUACUGGUCUGACAGCCACUUUGACACAGUGGAGACUGUCACAUACAAUGGUCUGGACAGGAAAAUGGUCCUCAAUGGUGCAACACAGUCUCCACAUCCCUUUGGGAUGACUGUGUUUGAAAACCAUGUCUUCUUUACUGACUGGAGCAAGAUGGGGGUGAUCAGAUCCAAUCGGUUCAAUGGCAGCAAUCCAACCCUCCUCUAUCGUACAGCCAAUCGGCCAGGACACGUUGACAUUUCACACCCUGUCAUGCAGCCUCUCGUGAUGAACCCAUGCGGUAAAAACAACGGGGGUUGUCAGCAUAUUUGCAUAUUAAGUCACCGCACAGAUAAUGAUGGUUUGGGUUUCCGAUGCAAGUGUCGCUAUGGUUAUGAUCUGCAGGCUGACCGCCAAACCUGCUUUAAGGUUAAGGACUUCUUGUUGGUGGCCUCCUCUUUGGCCAUACGUGGAAUCCCUCUGAAUUUAUCUCUCCAGGAGGACAUCACUCUUCCUCUGAAUGGAUUAGCAUCCUCCUUUUCUGGCUCCGCCGUGGAAUUUGAUGGCAGUGAGGAGGCCGUGUUUUACAACGACAGGGCCAAAGGACUCAUUUACAAGUCAAACCUCAAUGGCACUGUUCAGCAGAUUUUGACUGGAUACAGAGUGGGAUCUGUUGAUGCGAUGGCUUAUGACUGGACCUCCAAGGUUUUGUUCUGGACCACAUCAACGUACAGGGCGGUGGUGGCCUUCAGAAUCACAGACAAGUCUAGAAGGGACAUUGUUACCGGGCUAAGAUAUCCAAAGGGUAUUGCAAUGCAUCCAAGCGCUGGAUAUUUGUUCUGGUCUGACUGGUAUCGUCCGGCAGUCAUAAUGAGAGCCUACCCUGAUGGCAGCAAUGCCAUUCCUCUGGUUAACACAACACUGGGGAGCCCUUAUGGACUCGCUCUUGAUUAUGUAAUGGACAGGUUGUACUGGGUGGAUUCCCUCCUCGAUCAGGUUGGCCACAUCAGCAUUGAAGGAACUGACAGACAGACAUUUACCAGCAUCGGGCAGAUCACCCAGCCAUACUCUUUGACAGUUUAUUCAGAUUAUCUCUAUAUAUCUGAUACAAGGACUAGAGCAAUAUUUGAGAUGAGGAAAAGGGAUGCAGGUGGAAGCAUUAUGAUCAGACAAGGAGUCACCGGAAUAAUGAACCUCAAGGCUUACACAGCUGACCUCCACAGCACCUACAAAAGCCGCUGCAAUACAGUACCAAAUGGACUCUGCAGUCACUUCUGUUUCCCAACUCCCUCUUUCACCCGGGUGUGUGGCUGUCCAUACGGUAUGAAACUUGAUGCCAAUCAGAGGGAUUGCAUCAAGGACGAUUCUGUCCCUCCACCUGAGACCUGUGGAGACUAUUCCUUUGAGUGCGAUGAAGGACGCUGCAGGCCCAACUCUUACCGCUGCGACGGCAUUUUUGACUGUGUAGAUAAAACUGAUGAGGCCAACUGUACUGACACAGGUGGGACCUGCUCUCCGUAUGCUUUCACCUGUGACAACAAGCACUGCAUAUACUCCAGCUGGCGCUGUGACGGCUUCGACGACUGUGGUGAUGGUUCAGAUGAAACAGACUGUCCCACUCGUGUCCCGACCACCUGUUCAGCUUCCUACUUCACCUGUGAUAAUGACAAGUGCAUUUCCAAAAACUGGGUGUGUGAUGGUGACAAUGACUGCGGCGAUGGCUCAGACGAGCAAAACUGCGGGUCCACCAUCAGCUCAUGCCCUCCUGGCUUCUUCUUGUGCCCGGACCACCGCUGUCUCAGUAGUUAUUAUGUGUGUGAUGGAGACCAGGACUGCUUGGAUGGCUCAGAUGAAAAGAACUGUGAGUUCUCCUGCCAGUCCUAUGAGUUUGCCUGUGCCAGCGGGGACCAGUGUAUCAGCUCCUAUUAUCGUUGUGAUGGCGUGUCCGACUGCAGGGACCAUUCAGAUGAACAAGGCUGUCCAACUCCAGGACCAGGCCUUUGCCACGACGAUGAGUUUCAGUGCCAGGCCGAUGGUUUUUGCAUACCAGAUGAAUGGGAGUGUGAUGGCCAUCCGGACUGCGAGGAUGGGUCUGAUGAACACAACACAUGCCCUGCUGUCACCUGCAGGUCCAACUACUUCCAGUGCACCAAUAAAAUGUGCAUCCCAACGAGCUGGUUGUGCGACGGAGAAAAUGAUUGUCGGGACAUGAGUGAUGAACAGAACUGUCCGACGCCUCCCUUCAGCUGCCCCUCUGGACAGUGGCUUUGCCCUACCGACCAGGUCUGUAUUGACUUGGACAAGGUGUGCAAUGGCCAAAGAGACUGUCCUGAUGGAGCAGAUGAGUCACCAAUCUGCAAUGCAGAUGAUUGUGCGCUGAACAAUGGAGGCUGCAGUGACGACUGUAUCCAGGGACCAUUUGGAGCUGAGUGCACCUGCCCACCAGGGUUUCAGCUCCUUAAUGACUCUAAGACGUGUGACGAUAUCAACGAGUGCCUGAUACCUGGUUUCUGCAGCCAGCAGUGCUACAAUGAGAGAGGAAGCUUCAGGUGCCAUUGUUCAGACGGUUACCUCUUGGAGCCCGAUGGACGCACAUGCAAAGCUACAGACCGACAUACUGCUAUGCUUUUGGUUGCAAAGCGCAGCCAGAUCAUGGUCAACAGGAUCGCCAUGAGACCCCCAGUGAUCUAUCCAGUAGCCACCGGUUCGAACAUCGUGACUGUGGAUUUUGACCGUGAGACUUACAGAAUUUACUGGGCUGAUGCCAUACAGAAAAAGAUUUGGAGCGCUUUUCAAAAUGGUACAGAAAAACGAGAGGUGUUUUCCAGUGGUUUGUUGGUACCAGAGACAAUUGCUGUCGACUGGGUGGGUCGGAACCUUUAUUGGACUGACUCUGAACAGGAAAACAUUGAGGUCUCCACUCUUGAUGGUCAAUAUCGGAAGAUCCUCUUAAGCAGCAAUAUAACCAGCCCCCGUGGACUUGUUUUAGAUCCACGCAACCACACUUACCUGAUGUUUUGGUCUGACUGGGGUCAGAACCCCAGAAUAGAGCGAGCAAGCAUGGAUGGAGCCCAUAGACAAGUCAUUGUCAGCACAAAGGUCUACUGGCCCAAUGGUCUGGCCCUUGACUACACCACACGCAAAGUCUACUUUGCAGAUGCUUACCUGAAAUAUAUUGACUACUGUGACUAUGAUGGCAAAAACCGUUAUCAGGUCAUGGCGAGUGAGAUGCUUCUCCAGCACCCACACGGUAUGACGAUAUUUGAGGACAGCAUCUACUGGUCAGAGCGCUACACCAGCAAGGUGAUGAGCACCAACAAGUUUCAUGGCGGAAACAUCACGACUCUUUUCAACAAUAUCUACCAGCCAAUGGGUAUUGUUAUAGACCAUCCACUCAAACAACCAGCAGCCAUCAACCCUUGCAGAGAGCACCUUUGCACACAAUUGUGCCUGCUGUCCACCCUGAGGCCGAGGUACUACACCUGCCACUGUCAGUCUGGUUGGAAGCUGGAUACAGACCAACGCACCUGCAUCAAAGAUGAUACUCCCUUCUUGAUGGUGGUCAGGGACUCUGUGAUCUUUGGCAUUCCUCUCGACCCAACUGACCCAUCCAACAAUGCCAUGGCUACGAUAUCGGGCAUUAGCAGUGGAAAAGACAUUGACUAUGAUGACCAGGAGCAGUAUGUCUACUGGGUGCAGAGCACUGGUUCAAUUUGGAGAAUCAAAACCAACGGCAGUGACAGAGCUCAGUUCGCCCCGAAUGCUUACAUGGGUUCGCCAUCUGGUCUUGCCUUUGAUUGGAUAAGCCGAAUAAUGUAUUACACUAAUCCCACAAGUCGGACCAUUGAAGUUAUCCGUGUAGAUGGGACUGAGCACUACAGAAAGACACUAAUCGCCUCAAAUGGAAAACCAGAAGGAACAGGAGAGCCUUUCGGAAUAGCACUGGAUCCAGCUCGAGGGAAACUUUUUUGGACAGACAAAGGGUCGGAUUCUGGUGUUCCUCCAAAGGUUGGCAGUGCUGAUAUGGAUGGAGGAAACCUGAAGAACCUUUACACGGGGAACCUGGCAAACAUUGGGGCUAUCGCUGCCGAUAUUUCAACCAUGAAACUGUACUGGGGAGUGUCAGGGUCAGGGAUGUUUGCCCAGAUUGAAUGUGGAACCAUGGAUGGAGUAACACGUAUCACACUGGACCACCUCUACUACACUGACCAGGACUAUGAGGUCAUUGAGAGGGUGGACAAGGAAAACGGAGCCAAUAUGGUGGUGAUGCGUAGCAGCAUAUCUGGCCUGCAGGCUAUAAAAGUCCACGCCAGAGACAACUCAGCAGGAACUACAAAUGCCUGUAGCACCAACAAUGGAGGAUGUCCACACCUUUGUCUUCCUAAGCCUGGAAAUCAGAAGACCUGCGCCUGCACCACGGGAUUCCAUCCCUCUCAUGAUGGUACCCUCUGUGAAGAGUUUGCAUCGUUUGCUGUCGUUGCCACAGAUAAGUAUAUCCGUGGCUUCCACAUUAACAGCUCGGACCACUCUGAGGCAAUGGUGCCCAUUGGUCGAUCUAUUUAUUCCACGAAGAGAAAUCUGGACCUCCAUAUUCAAUCUGGUUUUGUUUAUUGGAGUGAACAUGGCAGUUACUCGUCAUACAGAGGCAUCUAUAGGGUCAAAACAGACGGAGGAAGUUACAGCCGCAUCAUCAAUUCAGGCAUUGGAGAUGAAGGCAUUCAGGGUUUGGCUGUAGAUUGGGUUGCAGGCAAUCUUUACUUUACCAAUGCCUUUGAAAAGGAGACUUUCCUUGAGGUCCUGUGCAUCAACACUACCUUCCGAAUGGUUCUCCUCAAGAGUCUUGAGGACCGACCAAUGGACUUGGCAGUCAGCCCUAAACUCCGCUACCUGUUCUGGACGGAUGGUGGUCAAUCACCCAAGAUUGAGCGGGCCCUGCUGGAUGGGAGAAAUCGCACCGUUUUGGCAUCUGAGAGCCUUGCAUCACCUCGAGGCCUGACUGUUGAUUAUACCAAUAACUUCCUCUACUGGACUGAUGAUGUUCUUGAUAUGAUCUCCCGCAUGACUGUGGAGGGCACAGAUAGGCAGAUCAUCCGCUACGGAAGCCGUUACCCUUCUCCAACAGGAUUGGCUAUUUUUGGAAACUACAUGCUGUGGGUAGAUAAUAAGCUUGAAAAGCUUUACCAGGCUAAUAAGAACCCAGCCAAUACUGACCAGCCAGAAGUAAUCCGGGACACCCUUGAUGGAGUGAUGGAUGUUGCCGUCUUUGACUCUCAUGUUCAGCCCACAUCUGCCAAUCAGGUCGGCUUCAACCCAUGCCAGGAAGACAACGGACGCUGCCAGCAGCUCUGCUUUGCCAUUCCAGAUGAGGAGAAGCCUAAAUGUGGCUGCGCUCAUGGCUCCCUCCUUAGUAACGGAGUAACAUGCGGUUACGGUCUGGAUGACUUUUUAAUUUUCACCACGGACUACACUGUGAAUUCUCUAAGAUUAGACCCAACAGAUCACAGCCUUCCCUUUCCGACGGUGAAUUAUGGCUAUGGUGUUGUGGCACUGGAUUAUGACUUUAAGCAGAAGCGAAUUUUCUUUACCCGGUCAAUGGGAAUAGGUCGCAGUAGGAUUGGCUAUGUCACCACAACCUCCAUCACCAGCCCUCCUGUAUAUUUGGCCUCCGACCUGGAUGAUCCAGAUGGCCUGGCUUAUGAUUGGAUCCAUAACCGUCUCUUUUUCACUGACUACUAUAAACGUAAUGUCCAAUCCAUUGGAUUGGAUGGGCAGAACCGCUCAGUGAUUGCUCAUGCAAACCGCCCCAGAGGCAUCAUUGUUGAUCCAUGCUACGGUUACUUGUAUUGGACCGACUGGGGCUCUCCUGCUAAAAUUGAGAGGGCAACACUGGGAGGGAACUUCCGUACCCCCAUUAUUAAUGACAGUCUGACAACACCAAAUGGCCUUUCUAUCGACUAUGAGGAGAGGAUGCUUUACUGGGCAGAUGCAUCACUGGACAAAAUUGAACGAGCCACCCUGACCGGCCAGAACCGACAGGUGAUCUUGCAGGGAGUCAAGUACCCGUUUUCCAUGACCGUGUUCAAGCAGGACAUAUUCUGGACAGACUGGACUGACCGGGCAGUGUUUAGGGCGGGAAAAGAUGACGGCUCUGGUGUUACAGUGCUAGCCCAGGACAUGCAGUAUCGACCCAAUGACAUCCACGUCUAUUCAGGUUCUAAGCAGGAGGAGUGCUCCAGCUUCUGUCAGCAGUUUAAUGGUGGUUGUAGUCACAUCUGUGUUUCAGGUCCAGUGGGCCCAGAAUGCCAGUGUCCUCAUGAUGGAAAUUGGUACCUUGCAAAUAAUGGCAAAGACUGCAUCGAAGACACAGGGAAACGCUGUCAACCUGAACAGUUCACCUGUCUGAAUGGUAACUGUAUUUCAGCACGGUGGAAAUGUGACGGCUUUAACGACUGCCAGGACAACUCUGAUGAGUUGGAGAGAGUGUGUGCUUACCACACUUGCUCAUCCCUGGACUUCACCUGUGAUAACGGUCGUUGCGUCCCGAUGAGCUACGUUUGUGACUACACCAACGACUGCGGUGACAACAGUGAUGAGCGGGAUUGUGCCUUCCCCACGUGUAACCCGGCCACGGAGUUCACCUGUUCCAACGGACGCUGCAUCAACUCAGAUUUCGUCUGCGAUGGCCACAACGACUGUCGAGACAACACUACAUCUGAUGAAAUCAACUGCCCUGACCGUGAAUGUCCAGCUGGUCAGAUCAAGUGUGAGCGCAACAAUAUCUGCAUCUACCCUGAGAACCUGUGUGAUGGCUUCAACAACUGCGGCGAUAACAGCGAUGAGAAUCCUCUCUUUUGCGCUGAUCGCACAUGUGCUGCCAAUCAGUUCCAGUGUGACCAAGGAAAGUGUAUUCCUGAGUCAUGGGUCUGUGACUCCAUUGCUGACUGCAAUGACAAGACGGAUGAACCUCCCUCUUGUGAGGACAUAGUCAGAACAUGUGGCCCAGACCAGUUCACAUGUACCAAUGGGAACUGUGUCAUGCAAUCAGUGGUUUGUGAUGGAAACAAUGACUGCUGGGACAACAGCGAUGAGGCCCCAGAACUUCAGUGUGGCGAUCGCACCUGCAGUACCAACCAGUUCACCUGUCCAACCUGGUACCCAGGCCACCCGCGUUGUUUGCCAUUGAACUUUGUGUGCGAUGGGGAGAAAGAUUGCGCCAAUGCAGCUGAUGAGCUCCAGAACUGCCCCAACCGAACCUGCCAUAUGGAUGAGUUUGCAUGUGCCAACGGGCUCUGCAUCCUUAUCCCAUACCACUGUGACCGUGUGAACGACUGCGGAGAUGGCAGCGAUGAGCUGAACUGUAUAUAUGACACCUGCAGCAGCAGUCAGUUUACCUGUGGUAACGGAGCCUGUAUCUAUGCCUCUUACAUUUGUGACGGAGAGAACGACUGUCUGGACGGUUCGGAUGAGGCUGACAGCCUGUGCUUCACGCCGCAGCCAACCUGCUCACCCCAAGAGUUCAUGUGUAACUCAGGAGAGUGUAUUGAUCUCCAUAAGGUGUGCAAUACUCAGAAGGACUGCGAGGACAACAGCGAUGAAAAAGGCUGUGGAAUCAAUGAGUGUCUCAACCCACAAGUCCACAAGUGCGCUCAGAUCUGCACAGACACCCUCACUAGCUAUUACUGCUCCUGCAACCCAGGCUACAGUCUUAUGCCCGAUGGUAAAGCCUGCGAGGACCUCAACGAGUGCAUCAGCACACCGGCCGUGUGCAGUCAGAUCUGUGAGAACACUGCUGGGUCGUAUCACUGUAAAUGUGCUCCAGGUUACAUCCGAGAACCAGACGGACGGACCUGCCGCCAGAACAGCGGCAUCCCCUCAUACAUAUUAUACAGCAAUCGCUACUACGUCCGUUAUUUGUACGUCGAUGGUUCAAAAUCUGGUGUAGCAGUGCAGGGCCUGUCCAAUGCGAUUGGAGUAGAUUAUGAUGACUAUGAAAAAUGGAUUUAUUGGCUUGAUGUGGGAGCAGGGAAGAUUGAGAGACUGCAUUUUGAUGGCACCAAGAGGGAGACGCUUCUGGAUCACGAUAUUAGUGGAGCUGAAGGCCUGGCGGUGGACUGGGUGGGAAGGAAGCUGUACUGGGUGGAUAGUUAUUACAGCUCAAUUCAUGUGAUGGAGUUGGAUGGUCGCUACCAAAAGAAACUAGUGACUGGAGAGUUUAAAAAUGGCAAUGACACUUAUUUCAUCAGCCGACCCCGUGCAGUAGCCGUCAACCCCAAAUAUGGAUGGCUGUAUUGGACAGACUUGGGUGACAAAGCUUAUAUUGGCAGAGUUGGCAUGGAUGGAACAAACAUCAGCGCCAUUAUUACGACCAAGCUGGCGUGGCCCAAUGCUCUGACCAUCGACUACACCACCAACAAAAUCUUCUUUGCUGAUUCCCAUCUUAACUUUUUGGACUUUGCAGACAUGGAUGGCCAGAACCGGCACCGGGCCAUUGCUGGAACGCUUCCCCAUGUGUUUGGUGCUUCUCUGUUCGAAGACUGGAUCUACUGGACAGACUGGAACACUCACACUGUAGAGAGAGCCCAUAAGUAUACUGGCGAGCAACGCACCAUCAUGGGAAACAACACCCAUCGGCCUUAUGACAUCAAAGUCCACCACCCAUACAGACAGCCUAGAAGUGAGAACCCCUGCUCUUCACAUCACCUUACCUGCAGCCAUCUGUGUCUGAUCGCACCUGGAGGUGAGGGGGCUACCUGCGAGUGUCCAGAUCAUUUCAUCGCCCUGGCUGUGGGAUUUAAGAUCCAGUGUGUGGCAGACUGCUCCAGCACCCAGUUCCGCUGUGGAGACAAUGAGAAAUGUGUACCUAUAUGGUGGAAGUGUGACGGUCAGUCGGACUGUGGCGACGGCUCAGAUGAACCUCAGACCUGUCCACCUCGAUACUGCCCAAUUGGCCAGUUCCAGUGUCAGGAUGGUAACUGUACCUUCCCCGGUGUCAUCUGCAACGGCUACCAAGACUGUCCUGACGGCUCAGAUGAGGAUGCUGCUCUCUGCAGUGAUCAUCGAUGUGCAGUUAACCAAUUCCAGUGUAAAAACAAAAACUGCAUCCCUGUAUCCUGGCAUUGUGAUGGAGUAAAUGACUGCUCAGACGGCAGUGAUGAGGACCCAGAGAGCUGCGCUCAAAAGACCUGCCAGCCAGGAGAGUUCAAGUGUACCAAUGGCCGCUGUGUGCCUAUGAGCUACGUGUGUGACGCCCAGAAUGAUUGUGGCGACGGGUCCGAUGAGCCGUAUGACACCUGCAUGGGUCCAGAUUACAAGUGCGAUGAAGAUACAGAGUUCUCCUGCAAGACAAAUUACCGCUGUGUUCCUCAGUGGGCUCGCUGUGAUGGCACAAACGACUGUCUGGAUAACAGUGAUGAGGAGGGAUGUGAGGAGGUGACCUGUGACCCUCUGGGAGAUUUCCGCUGUGACAACCAUCGCUGCGUUCCCAUUCGAUGGAAGUGUGACGGCAACAACGACUGUGGCGAUGGAUCAGAUGAGAAAGACUGUGAGCCAAGACCUUGCACUGAGAGCGAGUUUCGAUGCGACAACGCUCAGUGCAUCCCUGGAAUCUGGCGUUGCGACCAUCAGAACGACUGCGGGGACAACUCCGAUGAACGAGACUGUGAGCUGCUGACAUGUAACCCAGGCUUUUUCCAGUGUGACUCUGGUCACUGCAUCCCCUCUGCUCUGCAGUGUGAUGGCCGGCCUGACUGUCUGGAUCUGACUGAUGAGACCACCUGUCCUACUCGUUUCCCAGACGGCCGUUGGUGUCCUCCGCUGCAGUUCCAGUGCGCCAACACACUGUGUGUGAGCCAGAGCUGGGUGUGCGAUGGAGUCGAUGACUGUGGAGAUCGCUCUGAUGAAGUUCUCAGUCUUUGCUUGAACGUCACCUGUGAGAUGCCCACAAAGUUCCGCUGUGAAAACGGCUACUGCAUCUACGCGGGCCUGAUGUGCAACAUGAAGGAUGACUGUGGAGACGGCAGCGAUGAAAAGGAAGACCUCUGCCGGGAGCCCACCCUGCCUCCUUGUACACUGGAAGAAUUCAAAUGUACCAAUGGACACUGUGUGGCCCUGCCCUACGUCUGUGACCACAAUGACAACUGUGGCGACCGGACAGAUGAAAUGGGCUGCAAUUUUGGCCAAGACCGAAACUGUGAUGAGAAGCUGUGUCAACAUGAGUGUACCAACCUGAACGGCACUGGCUUCAUCUGCACCUGCAGGCCGGGAUAUGAAGUGGACCCAGACAGCACCUACAACUGCCUCGACAUUGAUGAGUGUAAGGAGUAUGGCACCUGUCCUCAGAUCUGUAAGAACACUAAAGGUGGCUACGACUGCGAGUGUGCAUCUGGCUACAGGAAAGUAGGGGACGGCAACAUGUGUGAAGCUGAUGGAGCCGCUCCUCUGCUGCUGCUUCCUGAGACAAUUCGGAUCAGGAGAUUCAACCUGCAGUUGGAAACCUACCACGACUUCCUGGAAGAGGAGGAUCGCAUCAUGGCGCUGGACUAUGACUGGGACCACAACAACACUGGAUUCAGCAUGGUGUACUUUACUGUUGCUGGUAAGGACGCCGAAGCAGGUGCCAUUAAGAGAGCGUACAUUCCCUCAGUGGAUGAUGGCAGUAAUAAUAUCGCUACUGCUGUGGACCUUGGUAUCAAAUACAUCACAUCACCAGAUGGCAUCGCUGUGGACUGGGUGGGCAGAAACCUUUAUUGGGCAGAUUCUAGACUGAAAAGGUUAGAAGUGGCCAUGUUGGAUGGACGCUACAGGAAGCAUCUUGUUAAGACGGAUCUAGGGUACCCAUCAGCUGUGGCAGUCAACCCUAGACUUGGAAUGCUGUACUGGGCAGACAGAGGGGAUGCAGCAAAGAUUGAGUGUUCAUGGUUGGAUGGACAGGAGAGAAAAGUUCUAGUGGGCGAUGGGCUGGGCUGGCCGACUGGCCUGGCCAUCGACUUCACCAACGGAGACAGAAUUUACUGGUCGGACUCCAAGGAAAGCCACAUCGAAUCUAUUCUGCCUUCAGGGGAGCAACGGAGAACAGUGGUGUUUAUAGAUGUGAGAAACCCGUUUAGCGUGUGCGUAUUUGAGGACCACUUGUAUUGGAGCACUGAGGAGAAAGGUGAGGUAUUUCGACAGGACAAGUUCGGCCGUGGAGACAAAGUGAAGCUGUUCACUGCUGGACCCUGGCUGACGCAGAUCUCUGUGUACCAGCAGCAGAGAUACAACUCCAUGGCCAUAAAGAAUCCAUGCAAAGGAACCUGCAGUCACCUGUGCCUGCUCCGGCCGGGAGGAUACACCUGCGCCUGUCCUGAAGGCACCAGCUUUAUCAGUGGCAGCAACACAGAAUGCGACGCUGUUGGAAUAGCCGUUGGAGUGACGGUGCUGAUUGUGGCCCUGCUGGUUGGUCUGGUCUACGCCUCCAGGAAGAAGUCCGUCCUUAUGGAGAGGCUGCAGAGCAGCUUACCCAGCAUGCCCAGUAUGCCAUCCAUGCCCAAGUUUUCAGGCUUUAGGACGGGAUCCUCCCAAAAUGGACAGACUACAGAGGGCAAUGAAUCGAGGCAGGAUUUAGAUACAGUUUCCUCCAUCUCUGUGUCCAUGGUUGACACUGAGGUGAAGAACUUCGAGAACCCCGGGUACGAAGCUGAAGGACAGCUUGACUCUAACAGCAAGGCGACGCCCACCUCUCACCCCUUCAGUAUAAAGAAGCCGAACAUUGUAAACCCGCUGUAUGGGGAGGGCGAUCAAGCUGCAGACGACACUGCAAAAAGUUCAUCUUGGUCCAGCAGUUCUCCUAAGGGGGUCGUUAUCCAUUCCCCAGAGGAUAUUGUUCCAUCAAGCUCACAGGUAGCCAUGGAGCAAAUCAAACCUACGGUGGAUGAGAGUUCCAAGUCUUUCCAGAAUCCUAUCUACACGGAUGACGAAAAGGAUUCUCCUUCUGAUUCUGAUGUCUGAGACUAAUUGUGCCCUUCAGUCGAUGGGAGAACCCCAAGGGUCAUAAAUCAAUCUGGAAAAAUAAAUACAAAGGCUCAAUGUGAACAAAUUUUCCCAUCAACUUUGUAAAAGCAAAACACAGUAUUUUGUAGUACCUUUAGAUGUAACUUAACUUCAGUAAAAAUAUUUGUUUGAAAAUAAUCUGAAAAAUGUAAUUUGCUAUUACUAAGA